AUGACCAGGGGAGUCUUCCUGGACCCCCUGCGACGGGAUGCCCGGCCACGACCGCUGCUGCAGUCAGACUAUAUCCAACAAGAAGACGGAGGAGAAACGAGGCCCAGCGUGUUCCUGUUAGACUUUCACGACGUGAUGCUGGAAGAAGACUCGCCAGGCAGUGGCAGGCUCGUCAUGUAUUCCGUGGAGUGGGACGAGACGCACGAAGACUGGGCCGAGGAUCCCGAUCCCGCCUGGCGUUACGAUGCGAACACGCUCCGCUGCUGGAAAACAACGGAUGUCUACGAGCAGCUCCUACCCUCACCCAAGGGCAGCGGGACUGCUGCUCAGACAGUAGUGGGUGCCCCGGCUCUGCCGCACCCCAGGAUCCUCAACUACCUCGGCUCGGAUCCCUGGACCCGAUUUCCACUGCUCGAGAUGCCAAGCGGGACGAUUCCUCUGACUGAGUUUCUCACCCGACACCUGGCGGCGCUGUACCCCCCAAGCCGCGACGGACAGCCAUCGCCGCAGCCAAGAAUCGACGCCGCCUACCUUCCCCUCGUGUACCAGUGGACGCUCCACAUGGUCUCAGCCCUGUCCUUCCUCCACACGAACGAGAUCGUCCUAGGUGAUUUGAGUGCCGACUCGUGCUGGCUGUCGUCACCAGAACACGUACCGCCGCUCCAACUCUCGAUCGCCGGCUUCCCCGAUGCACACUAUCGCUCCUACUCCCACAGUGGUGUGCAGAUCAACGGUUUUAGUACAUCAAGUGCAUACUUCCACCCUCUCCGCGAGGUCAGUAGCCCAAGCCGCGCCACAGAUAUCUCACUCGUGGGUUGUAUGAUUUACAAAUUUAUGACGGGCGAGUGGCCGGCCCGGCCGGCUGCUUCACAGGAUCGAGAAGAGAUCAAUGCGUUAUUCAGGAGCCGUACGCUUCCGGUUAGCCGCUGGGUUCGUGAGGGCCGCGGACCGGCCCUGGAGCGGGCUUAUCUUGGUGACAUUGCAAGAAAAUGCUGGAGAGGUGACUACGGCGAAGAUGUCCAGGCACUGAGAGAGGAUCUGACACAGUUCAUUGCGGCCGAGGGAUGGGUUAUCGAAGACGGUGACGAUAUGCUCAAAGACUUCAGCCUUGAAGGUCUUUCGUUGGACAAGACGGUAUAG